AUGGCACUUGCUGAGGACCCGUUGAAGCUGAUAGUCCUGCUGAAGAGUGGUCUUCCGGCUCAAGGAAGGUUGAAUCGUGGUAGCUUUCCUGUCAAUCGUCCAGGCACCGGUUGUAUGAUGCCUGGAAUGCCAGGAACGGGAAAGAUGCCUGGUGCGCCUGGGAUGGAUAACGACAACUGGGAAGUUCCUAGAUCCCAGUCGAUGCCUAGAGGUAACGGGCCACUGGUGCAGCCAGGUGGACGAGGUCAGCCUCAGCCACCAUUGGUUGGCAAGUCACCCUUAUUGAACUCUAGACUUCUUCCUCAGGGUAGUGGUGGCUUGGUGAGUGGAAAGCCUAGUGCCCUCUUGCAAAGUAGUUGUGGUUUUAGUGUGGAGCCCGCAUCACAGGCUCCUCGACCAGUUCAACCUCCUCCAGUUGCGGAAAAAACGCAGGUUCCUGCUGUGAGUGUGAAUCCCGAUGAACUAAAGAGAAAAACAGCAUCUCUUUUGGAGGAAUAUUUCAGUGUUCGGCUUCUGGAGGAAGCUUUGCAGUGUGUGGAGGAACUCAAAUCCCCAGCCUACUAUCCCAAGGUUGUCAAAGAAGCAAUAUCAAUCGGUCUAGACAGAAGACUGCCACGUGCCGAACUAGUUGCACAGCUUCCUCGAACACUUGUUUGUUAAGAAGGUUUUUAUAGCUGGCGACUUGGUUAUUGGUUUCUUGAA